CAAUCAUGUGCCGAGUUCCAACGAUGGUUUGAUCGACCACUCUCGAGUCUGACACUGCCAUCACACAUCGACAAGAUCGUGCUCAAUGACGCGUUCAACCUACCAAUCGAGCCUGGUGACAUCCCCAACUCAAUCACACAGGUCUCACUUGGCACAGACUUCAACCACCUCUUGAAGCCCGGCUCAAUCCCGCCCAGCGUCACAACACUGAGACUUGGAGAUGACUAUGAUCAUCAACUUGAGCCCGGUACCAUUCCGCGCUCACUUACCGAGCUCUACAUUGGCGAGAAUUAUGAACAGCAGAUCAUACCUGGGGCACUCCCAUCAUCACUAACCAUUCUUCACACUGGUGGCUAUGAUCGUGAGUUCAUCACUGGCGCGCUACCACCAUCACUCACGUCGUUGACGUUGGGCCUAAAGUUCAAUAAGCCAAUCACGCCGAGAGUGUUACCAAGCUCGCUGACAGAGCUCAGCUUUGGGGAGAACUUUGAUCAGCUACUCGAGCCCGGGGCUAUCCCAUCAAGCUUGACCAGACUAAAUUUUGGCGAUAGCUUCAACUUGCCGAUACAACCUUGCUUGCUGCCCUCGUCACUGACCGACCUAACCUUUGGUCAUUACUUCAAUCGACCAUUGUUGCCCAACACUCUACCCCCAUCGCUUCGAUCACUUGACCUCGGUGUCAACUUUAAUCAAAGUCUGGAGGUUGGUGCGUUGCCACCAUCACUGGAAUGGCUCAAGUUAAGCUUAGUAUUCAAUCAACCAUUGCAGCCACAUGUCCUGCCUCAAUCCAUCACAUACAUCUACUUUGGUCGCUACUUCCAACAACCUAUAAUGUCUGCGGACAUCAUGCCAACAUCACUAUCAUCCAUUUCCUUUGGAAAUGAAUUCCUCAAUCUUAUUGGACACGACACCUUCCGACAUUGUCGUGUUCGUGAUCUACUUCAGCGCGAUGGCAUCAAAACACCACUAGUGCUACCACGCAACUCAAUCUUCCAUGGACAUGCUGCCAACCUUACAAUUAGGACAUUUCAUCAAUUAAGACUAUCAUAUGAAAUGUGGUCACAAUAUAUGAUGGACAUGGACAUCGCAUCAAUGAUACUCUAUCAGAAUGAGAGUUACCUUGGAAGUGUUCGAAGGUUGGACAAUCAAUACCUCUUGGUACAAAGUAGCGCAUCAAGAUUAUACAUCAUCACAUGGAACAUCCUACUUCAUUAUUUCUCAACCUUAUUCCAA